AUGGCAGAACAGCUCAUUCACCGUGGCACCCUUGAAGGCCACAGCGGCUGGGUCACCAGCUUAGCUACAUCCCUCGAAAACCCGGACAUGCUCCUGUCUGGGAGUAGAGAUAAAUCUUUGAUCAUAUGGCACCUGACGCGCGAUGAAGCUGCUUACGGUUACCCGCAACGAAGUCUCCACGGUCAUUCUCAUAUUGUGUCCGACUGUGUGAUCUCAUCUGACGGUGCCUACGCUCUAUCUUCCUCCUGGGACAAGACUCUCCGCUUGUGGGAGCUUGCUACUGGCAAUACCACUCGAACUUUCGUCGGCCACACAAAUGAUGUCCUCUCCGUUUCCUUCUCCGCAGAUAACCGUCAGAUCGUCUCAGGAUCUCGAGAUCGAACAAUCAAGCUGUGGAAUACUCUGGGCGACUGCAAGUUUACCAUUACCGACAAAGGCCACACUGAGUGGGUCUCCUGCGUUCGAUUCUCGCCAAAUCCUCAAAACCCGGUCAUUGUUAGUGCUGGAUGGGACAAGCUUGUCAAGGUCUGGGAACUAGCCUCUUGCCGAAUUCAGACCGACCACAUCGGUCAUUCCGGUUACAUCAACACAGUCACCAUUUCCCCGGACGGCUCGCUCUGCGCAUCAGGUGGGAAGGACGGGACGACCAUGCUCUGGGAUCUUAACGAAUCGAAACACCUUUAUUCGCUCCAGGCCGGCGAUGAAAUCCAUGCCCUCGUCUUCUCACCCAACAGAUACUGGCUUUGCGCUGCUACUGCAUCGAGCAUUACAAUCUUCGACCUAGAGAAGAAGAGCAAGGUUGACGAACUGAAGCCCGAGUACGUGGAGAAAGGAAAGAAGAGCAGAGAGCCGGAAUGUGUUAGCCUAGCUUGGAGUGCGGAUGGACAGACACUGUUCUCGGGUUACACGGAUAACAAGAUUAGAGCUUGGGGAGUCAUGUCAAGAGCAUAG